AAAUCAGCGAACUCCAUCAACGCCGAACGACCGGUCACAUUUGGCAUCGUUCAAGCUCGAGAUGGAGCCUCCACGCAAAGACCUCAUGACGAGGAUGAAGUCGUGGAAGGUGGGAAAGCUAGAAGGACGCCGUGUGGCUGCCGCAAAGCGAAUCCAAGGCUUUUACCGCAAGCACUUACUGCGGUGCCAAGCACGAGUCGGUUCGUCCAAGAAAUUCAAAGUCACCAACGACACGUUGGCAUUGACCUCGGCCCUCCUGGCUGCGUCAUUCUUUUCGGCGACUCCCCUUCACGCUCGAGAAAAGCAGCACUUCAUCACUCUUGAGGACAGCAAUCCGUCCGCAAAAGUAGACAUCCUCGCUAACACAGCCGUCCAGCACAUGCCCCCGCUGUCGUCGGCCAUGCAAGAACUGCUCCUACUCCGCGGCAGCCCAUACGAGAUGGAGUUGCCCACGAAGGACAAAGGCCGCUUGUUGCAUGACGACUUUGUCAACAUGAUGAGCGAAGCGUGGUUGUUAUGCUCGACGGAGGAGCGUCUGUCCAUUCACAAGCAGCCCCCCAAGCGCGCGGCGUUCUACUUGCGCGCCCUCGGGCCAUUGUUCUCGGACCUGUUCUUCAUUUUUCGCGGCGGGCCCAUCCUUCCUCACAUCCGACAGAUGAACGCUGGGUCGCCCAGCACCAAGCACUUGGCCGCUAUCACCGAUCAUAUUCAGUCUCUGUACCCUACCCACCCCACCUGGAGCGACUCACUGGACGGUUUGACAGCAAAAGUCCGCAAGGUCUUUUGGCUCCUGCGGUCAGAAAUGUCCAUGUCGGCGAUUCAAUCGCUCGGGUGGCUGCUCUCCAAGCUGUGGCGCGUGCUGUUUGACGGGGUCUUUAUUGACAUGGCGUCUGUGGAUGCCAUCCAAGCCCUUGUCGCGUCCGUCGGGCCCAACGUCAGCCUCGUGCUAGCCCCCACGCACAAGUCCCAUCUCGACUACCUCCUCGUGAGUUAUGUUUGCUUUGCGUACGGCCUGCCUCUGCCCCGUAUCGCAGCAGGCAUCAACCUCAACCUUCCGCUUGUGGGAUCGUACCUUCGAGCCAAUGGCAGCUUCUUCAUUCGACGGAGUUACCACGGCGACGGGUUGUACAAGGAGAUAUUAACGUCGUACGUUCACGAGUUGCUGCAAGAUGGGUCCCCCAUCGAAGUGUUUGUCGAAGGCGGGCGCUCUCGCCAUGGCCGAGUGAUGAAGCCCAAAGUGGGAUUUUUCCACAUGAUGGCGUCGUUUUUAGCUUGUCGUCCCACGCAAGACAUCCUCGUGGUGCCUCUCUCCAUCGACUACGAUCGCGUGCUCGAAGUGCCCGACUACGCCGGCCAACUGCUCGGCCAACCCAAGCAAAAAGAAUCGAUUUGGAGCCUCGUCAAGUCUCUCGCGUCGUUGGGUCGAUGUGGCAACGCAUACAUUCGCUUGGGUAGUCCGCUGCCGAUGCAGCACCACAUCGAGCACUUUGGCCUGGACGCCUUCGCGGCGCGGGUGGCGCGGGGCAUGCAGGCGGCAUCGACCGUCACGGCGUCGGCGCUCGUGGCCGCCGUCCUCCUCUGGAAGCGCCACCACAUCGUCCUGACCCGGGACCAGCUCGAGGACGACGUCGCGUGGCUCGUGGCACUUGUGCGCAGCCGCGGCGCCGUCGUCGCGCCCUUCGAGUCCACGGCGGACCUCGUCGCCCACGCGGUAUCGGUGCUUCAAGUCCCCACCUCGAGCGACGGACGCCUGGUGCAUCCCCCUCUCGCGGAGGACGACGCCGUCCGCGUCCUGACGCUGGCGUUCUACCGCAACCACCUGCUACACGUGUUCUUACCCCGCGCAACGUUGGCCAGCGUCGUGUCGAGUCGGCUCGAGCAUGGCGCGAGCCUGAGCGUGUCCGCCAUCGUCGCCGACGCCCGCAAGCUGUGGGCGUACUGUGCCCGCCUAUGCCCCCAUGCGUCCGUGGACUGGACCCACGAAGUCGUCGGGCUGUGCAAGGAGUUGCCGUUUGUCCAUGAGCAUCCGGAUCGACCCCUGGGCAUCGAAGUGCACCGGUGGCAGGCGUCGCCGCACGUUGGUUUCCUCACGUCGUUGCUGAAUCCGUUCCUAAGUGCGCUGGACGCGGUCGCCUCGGCGGUCUCGUUGCCGACGGAGCCACUGACAGAACUAGACGUCGUGCGCCGGGUGAGGAGCUACCCGACAGAGUUUGCCGAAGCCAGGUCCGCUGAGAGUGUCAAGCAGGCGUUGGCGACGCUGGUCGAGUACGGCGCCGUGACUCGAAGUACUGACGACCACAGAAUGCACACGUAUGUUGCUGCGACCAGCGAAGUUGGGACGACUCGCGUGAUGAUUCGGCACUUGCAACGGCGUCGAAGAAAGGUGUGGGAAAGGAAGGGCUGUCCUGCCCACGCCCCGCUGAACCACUUGCAAGUGGCCAACCUGUGGCUUGGCCAGAGUAGACGACGAAUCAAGUGUUAAAUAUUUUACUAAGUGGAGGGAAUCAACGACGACGAGUACAGUAUGGUAUAUGCUGGUAUGGUUUCUAUCUAUGCCGCCGUUGGAUUAGCAUGUACGUGUAUGGAUGGGCAAAACGUAAUA